AUGGUUGGCAGCCAGCAAGAAGCUCUCUCCCAGCAAGAAGCUUUGUCUAUUGACAUGCCCUCACAACCGUCUGGCGACUCCAAAUUCAAUCCCAAACGAACAGGGACUGUUUGCACGGCGAGUGCGCGUAUAACAACUGGUGUGAUAGGUUCUGGAGUUCUGUCGAUGACAUGGGCGGUGGCGCAGCUAGGUUGGAUAGCCGGACCGGUGGUAAUUUUGUUCUUCUCCUCCGUAACUUAUCUCACGUCUAUCCUCCUGGCCGCAUCUUACCGAUCCGGAGAUCCCGUCUCCGGCGAGAGGAACUACACUUACAUGGACGCCGUACAAAACAUUCUCGGUGGUGUCCAGGCGAAGCUAUGUGGGAUUGUUCAGUAUCUUCAUCACUUUGGUGUUGCUAUUGGGUACACUAUUGCCACUGCCAUUAGCAUGAGGGCAAUACAGAGAUCGAAUUGCUUUCACAACAGUGGAGGCAAAAACCAAUGUGAAAUGAACAUCAAUCCAUACGUGAUAUCCUUUGGAGUGUUGCAGAUACUCUUCUCUCAGAUCCCAAAUGUCGAUAAGCUCUCUUGCCUCUCCAUCAUCGCCGCCGUCAUGUCCAUACUUUACCCAUCAGUCUGUAUUGGGCUCGUGAUCGCCAAAGUUGCAGAAAAUGGAAACGCCAAGGGCAGCCUGACAGGGAUACGCAUAGGAGUAGUGGCAAAAAGGGAGAAGAUUUGGAGAAUUUUCGAAGCUCUUGGAAACAUUGCUUUUGCUUACUCUUCUUCCAAACUCCUCUUUGAAGUUCAGGAUACGUUGAAGUCGCCGCCAUCUGAGGAGAAGACAAUGAAGAAAGCAUCUCUCGUGAGUGUUGCGGUGAUAACGUUGCUCUUCAUGUUGUGUGGAUGUGUCGGUUAUGCAGCGUUUGGGGACAUGUCUCCAAAUAAUCUUUUAACCGAUUUUGGGUUCUAUAAUCCUUACUGGUUACUUAACACUGCCAAUGCUGCUGUUGUGGUUCACACAGUACGUGAGUACCAAGUCGCUUGCCAACCAAUUUUUGCCUUCAUCGAGAAGCAAGCUUUGGUCCCGUUUCCUGCUAGCGACCGAGAUAUCAAGUUCCACAUUCCGGGUUUUAAGCCCACAGUUAGUUUUAAUCCUCUCAGGUUGAUAUGCAGGACGUUGUUUGUGAUGUUAACCACCUUGAUCUCAGUGAUUCUUCCGUUCUUCAAUGACGUAAUUGGUCUGGUCGGAGCACUCGGGUUUUGGCCGUUGACCGUGUAUUUUCCGGUGGAGAUGUAUAUUAAGCAGAGGAAGAUACCAAAGUGGAGUAAGAUGUGGGUUUGCCUUCAGCUCUUCAGUUUAUCUUGCUUGGUCGUGACUAUCGCCGCUGCUGCAGGUUCAGUCGCCGGAGUUGUUUUUGACUUCAACACUUAA